AAAAUAAAAAACCGGUACCACGAUUUCCUCUUGCAAAAUAAGACCCUCGCGCGUUCUAUUUCCCCUCCAAAAUUAAUCUCUCACUCGUCUCUUAAAAAAUCUCCAAAUCCCUCCACUUCUAGGUUUACAGAACAUUUUCAGAGAUCUAAAAUUCCGGCACAAUGCGUUUAAAUCUAACGCCAAACGCUAUAUCCAUGAUGAACGGCGGCGAUUUAAACUUGAAACCGCUCGUUCAGGUUCUCGAUAUAAAGCAACUAGGAGGCGCGCAAGAGAGGUACCGUUUGCUUAUCUCUGACUCGGUCUCCACUCAUCACGCUAUGCUCGGUACUCAACUCAACGACCUAGUUAGAAACAGUCUUGUUAAGAAAGGAUCUGUCAUUCAAUUGGUCGAGUACAUUUGCAGCGACGUCCAAAAUCGCAAGAUUAUUGUGGUGUUGAACUUGGUAACUCUAGAGUCGGAUUAUGAUACUAUUGGAAAUCCAAAAAUGCUUGCUGAUAUAAAUCCGCAGAAGCCAUUUCCUAGUGGAAACUCUGUACAAUCUGCAUGGGCUGGUUAUAACAAUUCAAGUGGCCCUAGCCGUGGCAACAAUGUUCAGAAUUUUGAGUCUCCUUUGAGGGCGUCAAAUCAGGGCUCUAGUAUGCAUAGUUUCCGACCAGCUAUGACCUCUCCAAAUUCUGGAAAUAAUGUGCAAACUUAUCGGUCUAAUUUCAGUGCACAAAAUCGUGGGAAUAAUAUGCAGAGUUUCCAGCCAACUGUUCAACCUCCAUAUCAACCACCUCCAAUUUAUAAAAAUCACGGUGCUAUUAUGAAAAAUGAGGCACCAGCACGUAUAAUUCCUAUUGCUGCUUUGAAUCCUUAUCAGGGGCGGUGGGCUAUCAAGGCUAGGGUAACUGCAAAAGGGGAUCUGCGUCGCUACAACAAUGCUCGAGGAGAUGGUAAAGUGUUCUCUUUUGACCUUCUUGACUCUGAUGGAGGGGAAAUACGGGUGACCUGUUUCAAUGCUGUUGUUGACCGCUUUCAUGAAGUUAUUGAGGUUGGUAGAGUUUAUUUGAUUUCAAAAGGUAGUUUAAAACCUGCACAGAAGAAUUUUAACCAUUUGAAGAAUGAGUGGGAGAUAUUUUUGGAGGCCACUUCAGAUGUGGAUCUUUGUCCCGAUGAAGACAAUUCCAUACCACAACAGCAGUUCGCCUUUAAACCCAUUAGUGAAAUUGAGAUUGUAGAAAACAAUACCAUCCUUGAUGUUAUAGGUAUUGUGAUAUCUGUUAACCCUUCAGUUCCUAUCUUGAGAAAGAAUGGUAUGGAAACUCAGAGAAGAAUUUUGAAUCUGAAGGAUGCGUCUGGCAAGAGCAUUGAGCUGACCCUUUGGGGCGAUUUCUGCAAUAAGGAAGGUCAACAGCUGCAGGAGAUUGUCGAUUCUGGAGUUUUCCCAGUUUUAGCUGUCAAAGCAGCGAAGGUUAGCGACUUCAGUGGAAAAUCACUAGGGACAAUUUCUUCUACUCAGCUUGUCAUUAAUCCAGAUAUUCCUGAGGCUCAUGGCCUGAAAGAUUGGUUUGAUCUAGGGGGACAAAACUCUGCUUCUGUGUCAAUCUCCAGAGAUGUUUUGCCAGGAGUAUCUAAGAAUGAGAUACGUAAAACUGUUUCUCAAAUCAAGCAUGAAGGUCUCGGGAGGUCGGAUAAGCCAGAUUGGGUCACAGUGAGUGCGAGAAUCACUUUUGUCAAAACAGAUACAUUCUGUUACACAGCUUGCCCAUUGAUGAUUGGAGACAGACAAUGCAACAAGAAAGUGACAAGUUCAGGAAACUCAAGAUGGCAAUGUGAUAGAUGCAAUCAGGAAUUUGAUGAAUGCGAUUAUCGAUAUCUUCUUCAGGUUCAGGUUCAAGACCAUACUGGAUUGACUUGGGUAACAGCUUUCCAGGAAUCUGGGGAGGAGAUAUUGGGUUUACCAGCAAAGGAGUUAUACCAGAUGAAGUAUGAGCUGCAGGACGAUACCAAAUUCUCCGAUAUAAUGCGAAGCAGACUCUUUCAGCAAUUUCUGUUGAAGCUUAAGAUCAAAGAGGAAAUGUACGGCGAUGAACAAAGAGUAAAGAUCACUGUUGUUAAGGCAGACAAAGUGAAUUAUUCUUCAGAGAGCAGAUACCUGCUUGAUUUGAUUACUAAAUCUCCUAGAUAUUGAGUAAUUUGAACCAUGAAUUACUGAUUUUAGCUGCAGUUUUCUUGGUUCUUCAGAAGUCAUUCGAGUCUCAACUAAGCUAACACGCAAUUUAUUGUUUAGUGAUUCCAUCAACAUUGCAGAGAUACACAUUGAUAUUUAGAUUCAUAUAUUCUCCCA